CUCCCACAAACAGACACCCCUUCAAUCCCCAAAUCUGCUGCAGUAGCGCAACCUUUCUCCUUCCUUCAUCCCUUCUUCCCUUCCCUUCCCUUCCCUUCCCUUCCAUUCCAUUCCUCUUAUCCCACUUCUUCCUCUACCUCUACCCUACGUACCUUCCUCUUCUCUACCCAUGCCAUGGUUCCUUACUAUUGCAGUAUUAAUUACUACUGUAUCACCUUGUCCAAGCUUCCUCCUCUUCCCAGACAUUAAUCAUUUGUGAGGGGUGCUAUGCUUGGCCGGCAUGCAUUAAUUGCUCCAGAUAACAUAACUGAAGAGGAGAAUUAAAGAGCAGAAGAAUUAAGCCUGUUUCGAUUGUGAAGAGGAGAGGUAGUUGGUGAGCUAGUACUGCUGCAUGCUCUGCCUUCAAAUCUUCUUCUUUCCAUGGAGCAGCUCCGAGGACCCAUUAAUGACCCACUUUUGAUGAGGGAGGUGCUGGGCUCGGAGUGCUUGGAGCCUGGAGUGUUUGAGAUGAGAUAUGGGAGCCUGUUCUCCCAUCAAACACCUUUCCUGCAGCUUCUCAUGCAUGCGGGCGGAGAGGAGACUACUGGAGCAGCGCAUGCGAGCUACUUCCCCCAAGAAUCCAACUUCCAGAACCUGCGACGACUGCAGGGCCAAACCUACGUGCGGGCGGGGGAGGUCGAGUCCUCCCGCGCGGCGGAGCAGCUUGAGAGCUGCAUCACUCACGCCUCCGAGUCGGACGCGCGCCCGGGAGGCGGUGGCGGCGGCAACGGCAUCAUCCACCACAAGGCUGCUGCGGAAGCGGCGGCGCUCGCGGUGGGGUCGAGCGAGCGGAGGAAGCGGAAGAGGCCACGGCCGGCGCCGGCGUCGAAGAGCGCGGAGGAGGCGGAGAGCCAGCGGAUGACUCACAUUGCCGUGGAGCGCAACCGCCGCCGGCUUAUGAACGACUACCUCGCCACUCUUCGCUCCCUCAUGCCGCCUUCCUACGUCCAACGCGGCGACCAAGCGUCCAUCAUCAGCGGCGCCAUCGAGUUCGUCAAGGAGCUCGAGCAGCACCUCCUCUGCCUCCAAGCCCAGAAGCGGCAGCGGGCACCCAACGACGACGAUGUGGUCACGUUUACGGCCGCGGACUCUCUCCACGACGGCUUUUUCGUCUCGCCUCAGUACAGGGACUACUCUGAGGGCGACGAGGAGGGCAUAGGGGUGGACGUGGAGGCGACGCUGGUGCAGGGGCACGUCAACCUCAAAGUGGCCGGGCGGCGGCGGCAAGGUCAGAUAGUGAGCGCCAUCGCGGCCAUGGAGGAGCUGCACCUCUCUGUGCUCCACCUCAACAUCACUUCGCUGGACGCCUCCUCCGUCCUUUACUCGCUCAACCUCAAGAUGGAGGAGGCGUGCAAGUUGGGAACAGCAGACGAGAUCGCGACGGCGGUGCACCGGAUCUUCAGCUACAUCAACGCUUGCUGAUGGCAUGGUUGUCAGGUUAGGGAAGAGAAAAGAUGCUCGAUUGACUUGAGUGGACCAGAGGAGAGCGAUCGAACGGGGAAGGAAGCACAAGUCGCAGCAGCAGCAGUGAGAGCAGCUUUCCCUUUGUUUGCAGUGAUGGGAGCUUGUACAUGCACUCCCUCCCUUUCGGGUUGCGGUUUUGCCAGCUUUUUCUGCCUUCGAUUGCAAUAUUUUUGUUUUCGGGAACUGAUGCUGUCAUUUUGGGUGCAAAGUGUUGUUGUUUAUAAUCAUCCAUUUUAUUUGUUGUAGAUUUUGUUAACCAUCACCUCGAUCAUCAUGUUUGUUAUGCGCUGCAACAUUGCAAAAAAUAUAAUGGUUUUCAAUUUCAACCAAA